AUGGGCGAUCGGGAGCUGCUGCAAUGGGUGUCCGACAAGCUCCACGACGUGGUCGGCUUCAGCGAGAGCUCCACGGCGCAGUUCGUCUUGGCCCUGGCGCGGCGGGCGUCCAAGUCCGGCAAGGGUGCCGCGGCACUGUUGGCGGGACUGUCAGACCUGGACGUGCCCGCGAACGCCACCUCGCGAGCCUUCGCGGCGGAACUCAUGACCAGGGUUGGAGCCUCCGGGGGCGGGGCAGGGGGGGGCGGCCGCGCGCUGCAGCGGCAACAGCAGCAGCGGCAGCCCACGAACGCGGAGCUGCUGAAGCAAAGCCAGAGCUACGCCCUGCUCUCUAGCGACGAGGAGGACGGCGGGGGGGGCUAUUCGAGCCUCAAGGCGAAAGAAGACCGACGGGCCGAGAAAAAGGCGUUACGGAAACGGGAAAAGAAGGCCGCCGCUGCCGCCGCCGAAGUCUCUUCUUCAGGGAUAGGACGAGAUAGCAACAAGAAGGGGGGAGGACGGCGGAGGAGACGGGGAGGGGGGGACGGGGACGACGGCGAAUCUUCGGAGGACGACACCGUUAUCCGGGCGAGGAGAGCUCGCCCAGAGCCUGAGAAGGAGGUGACGGAGGAGGACCGUCUGGAGCUGGAGCGGGAGCGCGACCGCGACGAGAGGGACGCCCUGGUGGAGAGGAUGCUGGACAAGGACAAGAGCAAGACAAAACAGAUGGAGCUGGGGGGCUUGACGCCGGCACAGAUCUCUGAGCUGGCGACGAGGGGGAAGGUGACGUCGGAAUCGGGCGAGCAGAGGGACCUGACGACGAAGGAGCUGAGAGAGAUUAGCCGCCAGAUGUACCUGCCCAAGAGGGCGGAGAAGGAGCUGAAGCUGUUGGAGGCGCAGCUUCAAGACGAGGAGAGCCUCUUCCUCAACGAGGGGGUGGAGCUCACCGCUGCGGAGAAGAAGAAGAUAGAGGUGUCGAAGAAGGUGCUGGAGCUAGCCAAGGACCCCAACAGGCACGCCCCCAAGACGGACGCCUACCAACUCCCGGAUGCCUACGAGGACGAGCAGGGGAGGAUCGACAGCCGGAAAAGGGAGGACGCGCUUACGGCGAGGUAUCAGGAGGUGGAGGGAGAAGUGAAGACGGAGCAGGAUCUCUGGGAAGAGCAGCAAGUGGGACACGCCGCGAUGCUCAAGAGCAAGGGCAAGAAGGAAGACGAGUACGACUUUGUUUUCGAGGACAGCAUAGAUUUCGUCUCCCAGGAGGUGCUGCAGCAAAAGCUAACGCGGAAAGGGAGGAAGAGACCCAGAGGGGACAGAGGCUCCUCCGAGGGCGGCGACAGCAGCGAUGACUCCGCAGAUGUCGACGCCCCACCGGGCGGGAGUGCAGCGCCGGGGGCCCCGGGCGGAAGGAAGCUAACGGCUCACGAGGAGAUACUGGCGCUCCGCAAGCGUCUGCCGGUGUUCAAGUACCGGGAAGAGUUUCUGGAGGCGGUUAGAGAUCACCAGGUUCUAGUGGUGGUGGGAGAGACCGGUUCGGGGAAAACAACUCAGCUCCCGCAGUAUCUUCACGAGGUGGGGUACACGAAGGUGGGCAAGGUAGGGUGCACGCAGCCGAGAAGGGUGGCGGCGAUGUCGGUGGCGGCUCGCGUUUCCCAGGAGAUGGACAAGAAGCUCGGGCAGGAGGUCGGCUACAGCAUCCGGUUCGAGGACUGCACGAGCGACGCGACCGUCGUCAAGUACAUGACAGACGGCAUGCUCCUGCGUGAGCUGCUGACGGAGCCAGACCUCGGGGGCUACAGCGUCAUGAUGAUCGACGAGGCCCACGAGAGGACUCUCCACACGGACGUUUUGUUCGGCCUGGUGAAGGACAUCUCCAGAUUCAGACCGGACUUUAAGCUCAUCAUCUCGUCGGCCACGUUGGACGCCGAGAAGUUCUCCAAGUUCUUCGACGAUGCAGUCAUAUUCAUCUUCCCGGGACACAUGUACCCCGUGGACAUCCUGUACACCAAGGCGCCAGAGGCAGACUACCUUGACGCUGCCGUCGUCACUGUGCUGCAGGCACACAUCUCCCAGCCUGUCCCAGGGGACAUCCUCGUCUUCCUCACCGGCCAGGAGGAGAUCGAGACGUGCGCCGAGAUCCUCACGCAGCGCACCCGCGGGCUAGGCUCCCGCAUCAAGGAGCUGCUCGUGUGCCCCAUCUACGCCUCGCUCCCCUCGGACCAGCAGGCCAAGAUCUUCGAGCCGACCCCGCCGGGGUCCCGCAAGGUGGUCCUGGGCACCAACAUCGCCGAGACGUCGCUGACUAUCGACGGCAUCUGCUUUGUCGUCGACACGGGGUUCUGCAAGCAGAAGAGCUACAACCCCCGCUCGGGCAUGGAGAGUCUCAUCGUCACUCCCGUCAGCAAGGCCGCUUCCAGACAAAGAUCGGGGAGAGCAGGGCGGACGCAGCCAGGGAAGUGCUUCCGGCUGUUCACGGCCUGGUCUUUCCAGCACGAGCUCGAGGACAACACCGUGCCAGAGAUCCAGCGGACCAACAUGGGCAACGUGGUGCUGCUGCUCAAGAGCCUGGGGAUCAACGACCUGCUGCACUUCGAGUUCAUGGACCCCCCGCCGCCAGAGACGCUGAUCCGCGCCCUAGAGCAGCUCUAUGCGCUUGGCGCGCUGAACGACCGAGGGGAGCUGACGAAGUUGGGGAGGCGUAUGGCGGAGUUCCCGCUAGACCCGAUGCUGAGCAAGACCGUCAUCGCUGCGGAGAAGUACGGCUGUGUGGAAGAGGUGCUGAGCAUCUGCGCCAUGCUCUCGUGCGGCAACUCGGUCUUCUACAGGCCCAAGGACCACGCCGUCCACGCCGACAACGCCAGGCUCAACUUCGCCCGGGGAGGGGGCGGCGAUCACGGGACCCUGAUGAGGGUGUACAACCAGUGGGUCGAAACUAACUACAGCACGCAGUGGUGCUACGAGAACUACGUGCAAGUGCGGAGCCUGAACCGAGCCCGGGACAUCCGGGAGCAGCUGGAGGGCCUCUGCGAGAGGGUGGAGGUGGAAAUCUCGAGCAAUCCCACGGAAAUGGAAGGGAUCGCAAAGGCGAUGACGUCCGGGUUUUUCUACAACACCGCCAAGAUGUCCAAGUCGGGCGACUACAAGACCAUCAAGAACCAACACACGGUCUACAUCCACCCCAGCAGCGUUCUCCAUAAGCAGGAGGAUCCUCCUCUCUGGCUCGUGUACCACGAGCUGGCCUUCACAACGAAGGAGUACAUGCGAUCGUGCAUAGACAUCAAGCCAGAGUGGCUGGUGGAGAUCGCGCCGCACUACUACAACGGCAAGGACAUCGCGGACAGCGCCGCCAAGAAGCUGCCCAAGGUGGUCGGGGCCGUUUCGAAGGCGCAAAAAAAGCCCGUGAAAAAUGUCGCGGCGUGAGAAACGGCGUGUGGCCAGCGCAAAUAAGUUGAUGGGCAUGCGUCACCUGCCCGCCAAGGGAGAGCUGCGUGCUUGCUGCUGACUGUGAGGGUGGGUGGGCACGGUGAUAACGGAAGGUGAUACCUGGCGUCUGCUCAGUGAUGGUCGAGGCUGUAGCCUGCGCCGGUCCGACGGGCCUCGUUGCCUCGAAUGGAGACUGUUCUGUACCGUACCAUAUGCCACACGAGUAUCAAUCCCCAUGACUGUCCUGUGCGAAUAGUGGGGCAAAAGACCUUCAGGGGGUGGCGCGGUGGUUGCCGUGCGUUUGGCUGUUGUUGGCCCUCAACUUCCGCAAGGAUGCGGACCUUGGCGUACCGUGCGGUCAUGUUUCGUAAUGUUGUUCUCCGAUUUUUGUCGCACGGGUGUGCCAAGACGGUGAUCCGUGUCAAGACCCCGAUACCUACGAGGAUAUGUAUCGAAUUUUAUCGUUUGGACC